CACAGACACCAGUGCUGGAAGAGCCACUGCUAAACACAAGUACAAAGCCUCCUCUCUACCCCUCUCCUGGUGUGAAUGCUGGAGAUACAGUGUCUCUGGGAGAAAGCAUGGAAGAGCUCUUUGAUCUGGCUUCUGUCCUGGCAUCUCUGGAGAACAGCACAGCACUGCAAUCCCAGCACCAUCCCGGAGAUAUGCUGUUUGAAGUAACUGUUGAAAUCAAACCCAAGGACUGGAUUUCUCAUGGUGGAAGUGAGCUCCAAAAGGGUCUUCUUGAAUCUAUGAAGAACCAUAUCCAGGAGAACCUGAAACUUCCUGCCAGCAGAGUCAAUGAACUAAAGCUAAAAGAAAUCAAAAGGACAAGCGAUGCCAACCUGCUGCUCACCUUCUGGCUGCAUCUGAAGCUGGAGGAGAGGAACAUGUCUCUGCUCCUGCACUCCCAGCUGGAGGAGCUCCUUGGCUCCUCAGCAGGAGCAGAGCAGCUGCAUCUUGUUUCACUGUUUGUUGAAGAUGUGAAUGAGUGCAGUGCUGGGGUUGGACUCUGCGGGGAGGAGGCAGAGUGCUUCAAUGGUGUGGGCACGUACCUCUGCCGCUGCAAGAAGGACUAUGAAGACCAUUCCCCCACCAAGUCUGGCACCCUCUGCAUCCCUGCUGCACAAUCAGGGAUCAGCUUCUUCCUCCGCCAUGGUGACAUCCUGGUGGGUGCAGCCAUCACGGCUGCCCUGUCGAUGCUGGUGGCUGCAGGUGCCCUGUGCAGGGCAGCCAUGUGGGGCCGGCACCCCAGGAGGAGCCUGAGCCCUGAGGAGCCCCCAGCGAGGGCUGCAGAGGAGCCGGCGAUGGAGCUGCAUGACCUGGGGCAGUGCCUGCGCCUCGACCCCUUCCAGCUGAAGCUUCGAGCCAGGGCCCCUGAGUGGCUCUGGGCUGCCCGGGUCCACCCUGCCCAGGAGUACCGGGUGUUCCUGGAGCAGUCCCCCCAGCUCUGAGGGGUCCUAGGGCUCCUUCAAGCCCCCUUAUGGCUCUGGUGACCUGUGCCAUCACUCCUGCCUUCCCCAGCUGACACAAGCCACUGGCUGUGUGAAUGAACCCUUCUGGUGUGUUUUAUGGACCAUAAAUGUCCCACCACAGUCUUCCUUGUCUUGUAAUUUAAUUUUUAAUACUCACUUAGCUUGGAAAACAAAGUGCGUGUUCCACACUGCUGUGCAUCUUCUCCUGACUUAGCCUGUAUGACAGUGGUGUAGAGCUGUAAG